GAAAACUCCUUUAGAUUUCUGCCGCUUUGUUGAGUUAUUAAUUAAUGUUAAGCUAAAAAGUGUACAAACCAGAAAUUAAGCUGGCAGCGUCCGCCGAGCAGCACACAGCAAAAUGGAGUACAGCCACAGCCACGAAACUCGAAAAUCAAUAAUAGAGAAAAACGAAAUUAAUAGUUUAUUGCGCUUUUUUCUUGCUUUAAUUGUUGUUGCAGUUUAGAAAUUAUGUCAAAACGCAGUGCUGACGAUGCCAGUGGCACCGGCAGCGGAAGCAGCUGUUUGGUGGCUGCGGCGGCCGCUGGUCAGCCGCCCAUCAAGAAGGUGCACUUCGAGCCACACUUAAUUGGGCCGGUGUCGACGUUGGAGGAGAUGGAUAUCAAGGUGUUAGAGUUUCAGAACAAGAAACUCGCCCAGAGAAUAGAGCAGCGAAUGCGAUGUGAGGCAGAGCUGCGGCAUCGCAUUGAGCAGCUGGAGAAACGUCAGACGCAGGAUGAUGCGGUUCUUAACGUAGUGAAUAGGUAUUGGAAUCAGCUGAACGAGGACAUACGGGUGCUGUUGCAGAGAUUUGACGCCGAAACGGCCGAUGAGCUGGAGAACAAGAACGAGAACGAGGUGACCACCUCGUUUCUUACACAGCUGUCCACCUGGGACAAGGAGGAAUUGGACGAAAAGCUGGCCAAUCGUGUUCAGGUCUCUAAGCGCGCGGUGGCGAAGAUCGUCCAGGUUAUUGAUAGGUUAAUGCAACGUAACGAGAAGAUAACGCAUGUAUUGAAAGGUGAUGGUCUGGCCGGUGCAGGGGCGCAGGGAACGACAGCUGGCGGUGACGAGGAGCAGCAGUCUACCUCCGGUGCGGAGUCAGAUGCGGCAUCAACGGGGGUGGGGGUGCACGCUCUGGAAGAGACGUUAAAGAAGACUCAUAUUGAGAUUAUGACGGAGAAUCACAACCUGCAAAACCUGAACACGUCCCUGCACGAGAAAUUCCACACAAUGUCGCUGAAGAUGAAGGAGUAUCAGGAUGCGCUCACCGCCAAAGAGACGGAAAACGCUGAACUCAAAAACCAAAUCGAUGAGCUGCAAUAUGACCUGGAGAAAAUACAUUGUCGGAACGAUAAGCUGGAGAACCAUCUGGCUGAGGCCAUUGAGAAGCUUAAGGCAUAUCAUCAGAUCUACGGGGAUCCCAACAAAAGCAGCAACAGUGCCAAGACGCCCAGCAGCGGUGUGGGCUCCGGUGGUGGAGGUAGUGCAACGACCAAUGUGAAUAGUCAACACCUGGAGGAGCUGCAGAAGGAACUAGAGGAGCAUCGCGAGCUGGCCAACAAUCGGUUACAAGAGCUGGACAAGUUGCAUGCCACACAUCGCGAAACACUCAAGGAAGUGGAGAAACUUAAAAUGGAUAUCCGCCAGCUGCCAGAAUCGGUCAUAGUGGAGACAACAGAAUACAAGUGCUUGCAGUCGCAGUUCUCCGUGCUCUACAACGAGUCCAUGCAGAUCAAGACCAUGCUGGACGAGACGCGUAAUCAGCUACAGACCAGCAAGAAUCAACAUCUGCGCCAGAUCGAGGUGAUGGAGAGCGAGGAGCUCAUUGCUCAGAAGAAGGUGCGUAGCGAGAUGAUCCAGAUGGAGGACGUGCUGGCGCUCAUACGAAAAGAGUACGAGGCGUUGCGCAUUGAGUUCGAGCAAAACAUGGCCGCCAACGAGCAGACGGCGCCCAUCAAUCGCGAAAUGCGGCAUCUAAUCACGUCGCUACAGAACCACAACGGUCAGCUGAAGGGGGAGGUGCAGCGCUACAAGCGCAAGUAUAAGGACAUCUCCACGGACAAUGUAAAGCUGCGAAAGGAGCUGGAUGAGGCGCAAGCCAAGCUCGAGGGCAACAAGCAGCAACAGCAAUCGGCGGCCGCGGCGGCAGGUGAGGAAGUUAAACAGGAAUCAGCAGCCAACGUCAAAGAGGAGAAUGCUAACAACGCUUCAGCCGGCGGCGCGACGUCCAUGAACACAGCCUCCAAUGCAAGUGGCGACGCCAAUAUGGUCAUCAAAGAGGAGAACUCGGCCUCUGCCGAGGAUGACCUGGAUGACGAAGCCAGCGGUAAAGAUGUCAAGGACCCAAACAUUAAGCAAGAAAAGCUGUCAGCCAGCGAAGCCGCAGCAGCUGAAAAAAAGGAUUCGCCCGGACCGGCGAAUUCAACAGCAGCAACAGCUGGCACAGCAAAUGCAGUUAAAGCUGAAAAGGAUACCAAGGACGGCAUUAAGGCAAAGGAACUAAAGGCCGUGGAAAGUGAAACCGUGCGGGAUCUAAAAGCGCAACUCAAAAAAGCGCUGAACGAUCAGAAGGAAAUGAAGCUGCUACUGGACAUGUACAAAGGAGUCUCGAAGGAUCAGCGCGACAAGGUGCAGCUGAUGGCCACCGAGAAGAAGCUGCGUUCUGAGAUCGAAGAGCUGCGACAACAGCUGAAAAAGCUGCAGGAGAGCAAGCGAGAAGAGCGCAAGAAACUGGCCGAUGAGGAGGCACUGCGGAAAAUCAAGCAGCUGGAGGAGCAAAAAUACGAGCUGCAAAAGCAGGUGGCCAAUCACAAACCCACCGAGAAUACCUGGGGCGCUGCGCCGGGAGGUGGACCCGGUGGCCCGAACUACACUCGUCCGUUUGUCGGCUCCCAUGAGGAGGAGGCGUUGCUAAACGAGAUGGAAGUGACUGGCCAGGCGUUCGAGGACAUGCAAGAACAAAACUCAAGGCUUAUUCAGCAGCUGCGCGAAAAAGACGAUGCCAAUUUUAAGCUGAUGUCCGAGCGGAUCAAGGCAAACCAGCUGCACAAGCUGCUGCGCGAGGAGAAGACUGUGCUGGAAGAUCAAAUGACCACAGCGACGACUCAGAUCGAAGCCAUGCACAUUGUGUUGCGCAAACUGGAAGAGAAGGAGCGCAGCCUGCAGGCCACCGUCGCGUCUAUUGAAAAGGAGCUGAUGCUGCGCCAACAGGCCAUGGAAAUGCAUAAGCGGAAGGCCAUCGAAUCGGCGCAAUCGGCAGCAGACCUCAAGCUGCAUCUGGAAAAGUAUCAUGCCCAAAUGAAGGAGGCCCAACAGGUGGUCGCUGAGAAGACUAGCUCGCUGGAGGCGGAGGCGUACAAAACGAAGCGGUUGCAGGAGGAGCUGGCACAGUUCAAACGGAAGGCGGAGCGCAUGAAGAAGAUGGAAAUGUCGGGCACAACCAUCGACGAGGUGAUGAUCGAGGAAAUACGCGAAUACAAGGAGACACUCACGUGUCCCUCGUGCAAGGUGAAGCGCAAGGACGCCGUUCUCUCCAAAUGCUUCCAUGUCUUCUGUUACGACUGUCUGCGGACGCGAUACGAGACGCGGCAACGGAAGUGUCCCAAAUGCAACUGCGCCUUUGGCGCCAACGAUUACCAUAGGCUUUACCUGCAAUAGGAAGCAGGACAGACUAUCGAUCAUGAACACCGAACGUCUACAUACAAGCCAGCUAAUCCAUUACGAGCAUAUUAUCUAUGUACUAUUAAUAUAUAUAUAUAUAUAAUUGUUUUUAAGUGUCGCCCCUAUGCGACUCCCCUUUGUAUCCCUUGUAUACCUUGCGGCAAUUAUUUGAAUUUUUCAUUGUGGCCCCAAGCAUCUCAUAAGUUAUGAGUUCCGAGUGAUAUUCUCCCGGGUUUUUAUGUAGCUUCUAGAUUGAAACUAAAUCGUACGAACUUUAAUAAAUGGCUAUCAAUUAUUUUCAAUAGCAUUAAUACAACAAUAUUCAGCACAAUUGUGUUCUUGACAAGUCGUAACGGGUCAGAAUAGCUAAUUCUACUUGUAUAUAAGCCGUUAAAUUCUAAAACAUUUCUGUUUAAUGUAUUGACUUUCACAUCGUGUUUAAAUCUUCCUUAGACUUUUAGUUUUAAGCAAGCUUAUACGUUUUGCGUGGGCAUCUUCCAAUCUUUUUCCUAUUAAAAAAAUAAUUGAAAGCCUCAGCAAGGGAUGAAGGAGGUACACAACUCGUUUUAAAACUAAAAUCUUGUCCAACAGUUAC